GCCGCGGCCGGGUACGGUGGCGUCUGAUGCGGCCGCCGCGUGCGUGAGUCCCCGCGCCCCGCAGGCGGGCGGCAGGGCGGCCGCCCUUUGUCCGCGCCGGGAGCAUGUGGGUGAACCCCGAGGAGGUGCUGCUGGCCAACGCGCUGUGGGUGACGGAGCGGGCCAACCCCUACUUCAUCCUGCAGCGGAGGAAGGGGCACGGCGGCGAUGGAGGCGGCGGGGGCCUGGCUGGUCUCCUUGUGGGUACUCUUGAUGUUGUGUUGGACUCCAGUGCCAGAGUGGCACCAUAUCGAAUCCUCUAUCAAGCACCAGACUCCUUGGUCUAUUGGACUAUUGCCUGUGGUUGCUCAAGGAAGGAAAUCACUGAACACUGGGAAUGGCUUGAACAGAAUUUGUUGCAAACUCUAUCAAUCUUCGAAAAUGAGAAUGACAUAAAUACAUUUGUCAGAGGAAAAAUACAGGGUAUCAUUGCUGAGUACAACAAAAUCAACGGCAUCAAGGAGGAUGAUGAUACCGAAAAGUUUAAGGAGGCCAUAGUGAAGUUUCACAAGCUGUUUGGCAUGCCAGAAGAAGAGAAAUUAGUGAACUACUACUCUUGUAGUUACUGGAAGGGGAAAGUUCCUCGUCAGGGCUGGGUGUAUCUCAGCAUUAAUCACCUUUGCUUUUAUUCUUUCCUAAUGGGACGGGAAGCAAAGUUAGUUAUCCGUUGGGUUGAUAUCACUCAACUUGAGAAGAAUGCUACUCUGCUCUUCCCUGAUAUGAUCAAAGUGAGCACCAGGUCCAGUGAACACUUCUUCUCAGUAUUCCUUAAUAUCAGUGAGACAUUUAAACUAAUGGAACAGCUUGCCAAUAUAGCUAUGCGACAACUUUUGGACAAUGAAGGGUUUGAACAAGACAGAUCAUUGCCCAAACUGAAAAGGAAAUCUCCCAAAAAAGUAUCUGCACUGAAACGGGAUCUUGAUGCCAGAGCAAAGAGUGAGAGAUACCGUGCAUUGUUCCGACUUCCCAAGGAUGAGAAACUAGAUGGGCACACAGACUGUACUCUGUGGACUCCCUUCAACAAAAUGCAUAUUUUGGGUCAGAUGUUUGUUUCUACAAACUACAUCUGCUUUACUAGUAAGGAAGAGAACUUGUGCAGCCUUAUUAUCCCUCUUCGAGAGGUGACAAUAGUGGAAAAGGCAGAUAGCUCCAGUGUGUUGCCCAGCCCGUUGUCGAUCAGCACCAAAAACAGAAUGACAUUCCUGUUUGCCAACUUGAAAGACCGAGACUUUCUUGUACAGAGGAUCUCAGAUUUUCUGCAACAAACCACUUCAAAAAUAUACUUGGAAAAAAAUAUGUCUGGAAGCUAUAUCAGCUCUGAUGAUGAGGUGUUUACAAGAUCAAAUAGUAUUGUUUCUGCCAGCACUCAUAAAAGCCUCAGCUCUGAGUCAGAAGGAGAACGACAGUUCAAUCUCAAUGGCAAUGGCAUUCCAACAGCAACUCAAGCUUUAAUGACUAUGUAUCGACGGAGGUCACCCGAAGAGUUCAACCCUAAACUGGCUAAAGAAUUUUUGAAAGAACAGGCCUGGAAGAUUCACUUUGCUGAAUAUGGCCAAGGAGUGUGUAUGUAUCGUACAGAGAAGACUAGGGAUCUUGUGCUGAAGGGCAUUCCAGAAAGCAUGAGAGGGGAACUGUGGCUGCUGUUUUCAGGAGCCAUUAAUGAAAUGGCCACUCAUCCUGGCUAUUAUGAGGACCUAGUGGAAAGAUCAAUGGGGAAGUAUAAUCUUGCUACAGAAGAAAUAGAGAGGGAUCUGCACCGCUCCCUCCCAGAACACCCUGCUUUCCAGAAUGAGAUGGGUAUUGCUGCUCUAAGGAGAGUGUUGACAGCUUAUGCUUUUAGAAAUCCAAACAUAGGAUAUUGCCAGGCUAUGAAUAUUGUCACUUCAGUACUUCUCCUUUAUGCAAAAGAGGAGGAAGCUUUCUGGCUGCUGGUGGCUCUGUGUGAACGUAUGCUACCUGACUACUAUAAUACAAGAGUUGUUGGAGCGCUGGUGGAUCAGGGUGUCUUUGAAGAGUUGGCUCGUGACUAUGUUCCUCAGCUUUAUGACUGCAUGCAGGACUUGGGUGUAAUAUCCACUAUUUCCCUGUCCUGGUUCCUCACUCUUUUCCUCAGUGUAAUGCCAUUUGAGAGUGCUGUGGUGGUUGUGGACUGUUUCUUCUGUGAAGGAAUAAAGGUGAUAUUUCAGUUAGCACUUGCUGUCCUCGAUGCUAAUGUAGACAAGCUGCUUAAUUGCAAAGAUGAUGGAGAAGCCAUGACAGUCUUGGGAAGGUAUUUGGACAGUGUAACUAAUAAGGACAGCACUCUUCCACCCAUUCCUCACCUUCACUCACUGCUCAGUGAUGAUGUAGAGCCUUAUCCUGAGGUGGAUAUCUUCAGGUUGAUCAGAUGCUCCUAUGAGAAAUUUGGAAGUAUCCGAGCAGAUUUGAUUGAACAAAUGAGAUUCAAACAAAGGCUGAAAGUUAUCCAAACCCUUGAAGACACUACAAAGCGCAACGUGGUACGAACUAUUGUGACAGAGACUUCUUUCACUAUUGAUGAAUUGGAGGAACUGUACGCUCUUUUCAAGGCAGAACAUCUGACUAGCUGCUACUGGGGAGGAAACAGCAAUGCUCUUGACCGACAUGAUCCCAGCCUGCCUUAUCUGGAGCAGUACCGUAUUGAUUUUGAGCAGUUCAAGGGGAUGUUUGCUCUCCUCUUUCCUUGGGCAUGUGGAACUCAUUCAGAUGUAUUAGCUGCACGCUUAUUCAGACUUCUUGAUGAAAAUGGAGACUUGCUCAUCAACUUCCGUGAAUUCGUGUCUGGGCUAAGUGCAGCAUGCCAUGGCGAUCUUACAGAGAAGCUAAAGCUACUGUAUAAAAUGCAUGUUUUGCCUGAUCCAUCCCCUGAACAAGAAGAACCAGACUCUGCUUUUGAAGCCACGCAGUACUUCUUUGAAGACAUCACACCCGAAUGUACGCAUGUUGUUGGUCUAGACAGCAGGAACAAACAAGGAGUAGAUGAUGGGUUUGUUACAGUGAGUCUGAAAACAGACAAAGGCAAGAAGAGUUCACAAGAGAAUCGAAAUUAUCUGAGAAUGUGGAGCCAAGAGAAUAAAUCCAAAGCAAAAAACUCCAAGGAUUUGCCCAAGCUGAACCAGGGACAGUUCAUCGAACUGUGCAAGACAAUGUACAACAUGUUCAGCGAAGACCCCAAUGAACAAGAUCUGUACCAUGCUACUGCUGCUGUGACGAGCUUGCUUUUGGAGAUAGGUGAAGUUGGCAAGCUCUUCUCGGUGCAGCCCACAAAAGAGGCAGACAGCAGCAGUAACAAUUGCAGCAAAGCCAUUCAGAGCGAGCUGUUUCAGAAGAAGAACAGCCAGCAGUACCCCCUUGAACAGCACAAGCCGUUCCAAGGCAGCCUGGUCACCAACGACGAGGAGGCCAUUUGCACCGAGAGCACCCUGGGCAUGCAAAUGGAGGACAUUAAACUUGAAGACUCUUCUCCCAGGGACAACGGAGCCUGUUCUUCCAUGCUCAUUUCUGACGAUGACACAAAAGACGACAGCUCCAUGUCCUCCUACUCGGUGCUGAGUGCAGGUUCGCAUGAAGAAGAAAAGCUGCACUGCGAGGACAUUGGUGAAGACACUGUUUUAAACACAGAAUCCAUUUGCCUUUGCCUCGGUUCAGCUACCUCCAGCUUGACCAGACCCAGCAGAGGAACAGCCCUCGGCCACCAAGGGAAAAUAAAUCUCCAUCGUGGUCCUGCCUGGAGCUGUGCUCCUAGCAAAUGGACUUGGAAGCCUUGCUGCCAUUAAGCUCCAAUGACAGCGUAUGCAGGUACCAAAACAGCUUGGUGGAGUCCCUUAAAAAUUGACAGAUGUUUUUAGAAAUAAAUUUUAAAAACCAGAACACAAAAGUAUCUAGUUGGAUCUACAGCAUAUUUAGCUUAGCUUUUAAAACUAACCUUUACCACCAACUUACUAUAUCCUUGUUAGAUUAAGAAGUUAAAAACCUGUAUUGCAUAAGUCUUCAUUUACAACGGUGUAAAGUAGAGGUAAUGAAAAAGCUGCAAGAUAAUGUAACUGAAUGUUUAAGUCUUACUGAGAACACUGUCACUUUAUAUAAAAUGAGUAGUAUCCUGUAUCAGCUUACUGAAUAUGUUAAAAUGCAAACUGGAGCACCUGCACUUUCAAUCCUUGCUUCUUUUAUACGGAUAUUCAGGAUUUUUUUAAAUUUUGUUAGCUGUUUUAUAGUUCAUACUUGUUCAGUUCAGGAUCAUGCUUCUAUGCCUAAUCUUUAUUUGCUGUUUUGAGAAUAUUUUCUGUAGAAUACUGUUAAUUUUUUAUACUCCUGUAUAUUGCAGCCAUGUAACUUGCCAGUUUUUAGCAAAAGUUGUGCUUUCUUUUUAUUUUAAAAGAAUGCUUUUAAACUGUCAGAUAAAGUGGUUUUUAACCACAACUAGGUAAUGUAAACAAAUAAAAUACACUGCACAGA